GUUUGGAUUUCUGGUUGGUUGAUCGGUUCAUAGCAGCGGCAAUCAAUCGUCUUUUGCUUCAAACGUUGAGGGGUUUCAAUAGCUGUUUUCAGAAAAAUCUGUUGAAGCUUCGGGCCCCAAAAUGGGGUGUUUCACAGUCUUAAAGGGUAAGAAGAAGAAAUCUAAGAAUUCGAUUUGCAUUAAACGUGUGAACCCUCAGGAGGUUAUUCCUACUGCACUCCCUGAACCACAAAUGCAAAGUCGGAUGCUUCAGUCUGCUCCUCCAAGCUUAAAAACAAGACCCACAGCUGUCCAACCUGCAAACAGUGUCUCCAAUAGUAAAACCCGUGUAUUUUCUGCUCCUUUGAGCUUAAUUGUGGCAGAAAGAGAUGCACUCUCAUCUAUUGAAAAUGAUGAAGAAGAAGAAUUGAAAGGCCGAGUUGGGUUGCCAAAGGAACAAAGGGCUCCAAGCCCACAGCCUCUGCCUCUUCCGUCGCCUCAAAGUUCCGCUUUGUUGAAGACUAUGGAAAGCUUCAAAUCAGGGAACAUCAGUGGACUUCUCGCUAUCAGUGGACCUCUCGCUGCUUCUGGUCCUUUACCUCUACCUCCUUUGGCACUCCGCAACUUCUCAUAUGAAGAGAUUGCAUCUGCAUGCCAGUAUUUCUCACCAGUUCGAUGCAUGUCAGAAGGCUUUUCUUCCAAAAUUUACAGGGCUUCUUUUGGAGAAGAUUCUUCAAGUUCCAAGAAGCUUGAAGCCACUGUUGUCCUCCUCCUUCCAUCCAGUCAGGGUUUCAAAGAAUUUGUACAUGAGGUCAAUACUCUUUCUUCUUUGCAACAUCCCCAGCUCUGUAAAUUGAUCGGUUUUCAUUCUCGUGAGGGUUCAGAACAACGAAUGUUGGUUUAUGAGAGACUAUUCCAUGGAAGUUUGGACAGGCUGCUUUAUGGGAGAUCUGAUGGCCCACCAAUUGACUGGAAUGCCAGGAUGAAAGUGGCUUUAUGUGCUGCAGAAGGUCUUGCAUUUUUGCACGAAGAAGGACCAUUUCAGGCAAUGUACAAUGAGUUCUCGACUGCCAAUAUACAGGUUGACAAAGAUUUUAGUUCAAAGCUUUCAGGCUAUGGUUGUGUUAGCCAUAAUCCAGGGGUGGAAAUAUCGGAUACUUCACCAGCAUUGGCUAGUGUUUCAGUGGAGAUAUUGGAGGGACGACUUCUCACUCCAAAGAGCAAUGUGUGGAGUUUUGGGAUCGUGCUUCUUGAAUUACUAACUGGUCGAAAGAAUCUUGAUAGCCGCCACCCCAAAGGAGAAAAGAACAUAGUUAAGUGGAGUCGACCUUACCUAGCUGAUGAUAGCCGAUUAUCCCUGAUCAUGGAUCCACAGUUGAAAGGGCGUUUCCCACCUCGAGCAGCCCGAACUGUGGCUGACAUUGCUCUUAGAUGCCUCCAGACGGACCCAUCAGAAAGACCCACCAUGAGAGCCAUUGUCGAAACUCUUAAAGACAUCCAAGACAUGAAGUAUCCCUGUUUGUUUCCUCUUCAAGAACCUAAGGUGAUACACAAAAAGUUGAUGUCAAGGUCUCCGAGUCUCGAUCGCAUUGUUACCCCGCCUCCCAAAUUAAGUUUCUUGCCUUCUCCUCCCUCAAGAUCUCAACCAUCUUUUUCUCCUUCAGUACAUCAUUCGAUGCCCCUUUCCCGUCCUCAAACUUGUUCACCCAUAAUCUCUAUGGAAGAUAUUGUUGCCCAGGAAGGUCGGAAAUCGGCAUCAUCAGUGGUUCGAAGAGCUGGAGUUGAAGGUUUUUGAUUGUCAAUAAUGCAUAUAUAGUUUUUUCCUUC